GACGACUUGUACUAAAAUCCGUGCCAACAGUGUCCUCGGUGUUGUUUAUAAAUCUCGCCCCCAAUAGGUCAGCAUUUAUGACCCUGCCCAUUGAAAGUUUUAUUGACUGUUCGUGCUGAAUGGCGCUCGUUCUAUUGAUUCGCUGUAAACUGACUUGGUUCGCAGCAGUUUACACGCUCGAAUAGAGACAUACAUUUACAUGUACCGGGAUGUGUUUAACCGAACUUGCUCGUUACUAAGUUGUGUGUGCACGUACAACUGUAUUAAAGUUUACAUAUUUGUGAAGCCCUUUGAUGAUGAUGAUGAAGUCACCCGUUUCCAGGUUUAUAGGGAGGACUUGUACGCAACUAGCUAGUAUGAGAUCAAGAGGUUUUUUGGCAUUGAGCCGAUUCACCAUUGAGCCUUCACCAUAAACCAUGCAGCACGAACGAUUAUUACAAGCCUGCUAUUGGUAGUAUCACCGCACAGACCAUGCCUGACUCGCUUUCGAUCUGCAUCUGGUAACUAAUUAUGAUCCAGAAAAACAGCGUGUGUGUCAUGAUGAACCGACAUCAGUGCUCGCCCAUGCACCGACUCACUGGCAAGGCCGCGAACCCACCAAUUUUGUGUUCUGAGGGUUUUCUGACUUAGUGAGGGUGACUCGAUUUCAGCAAAGAUGUUCACCCGUGUAGAUCCUGCCCAGAAGUCGGAUAAGUAUUUCCUCCGACAACGCUGGGACGAAUCACCCGCCGUAAGCCAGCAAACAGACGCCAUGAAAGGAAGCACCAUUCGGGACGCCCUUGAAGAUUUCUAUACCAGAGAGGUCGAAAUUCCCGCGACUUUAUCUGAAAUAAGAAAAGCUAAAUUGGAUCAGAUCUUGCCUGGCCUGGUUGCCCGAAUCCAGCGAAAUACCUCAAGAGUUAGGUGCCUGGAGCCCAUCUAUGUUGGGAGUGUUGCAGAGGAAUUAAACACCCGGCAAGGCAGUGAUCUGAAUAUCAUUCUACCAUUGUCCGUGGUCGGGACAGUUACGCCCGUCCCCGCAGCUCAUCAACCGGGAAUGUAUGAGCUCAGACUCCCACGCUUGUUCAACAUCAAAGAAGUGAACGAGGAUAGGUGGGUCGGAUGGAGAGGUGAUCGUGACUGUUUAUCACCCGUAUUAGCCAAUAAGAUGUUCCGAAAGUUUAUCACAAAAUGGCACGAAGUCAGGCAACACACAGGAACGGUGGUCGAACCGAAAACUGCUGGCAAAACCUCGCCAGUUCGAGUUGUAACCACUCUCAGUGAAGCUGAGAUUGACCCCCAGGACAAGAUCUUGUCGAUUGAACUCAUCCCUGGGAUUGCUAUCGGCAGGAAGAGCUCCGGUGACCGACGACUGUUUGUUGCUAAAGACUUCAACCUCGCGACUGAUCCCUGCUGCGACUUGCUUUGGACUAUCGUAACCUACGAAAACGAGAGGACGCUGUUGUCGAAAGUAAACAAAGCAGACGACGGCUGUAGGUUGAGAGCUCUGAAGAUUCUGAAGGCGUUACGAUGCAAGGAUGAAACACUGGCCCAGCUUACAACGUACCAGAUGAAGCACGCCCUCUUGCACCUGUGUGACGAACAAGUAGAUCAGACUCACUGGCAGAGGCGAAAACUCGAACAAUGCUUUGUAGAAAUAUUGCGCAAAUUGGCCGAGUUCGUCGCGCAAAAAGAACUGCCGCAUUUCUUUGUUGAAAAGGUGAAUCUCAUGGAAGGUAUCCCUGAAAGGACAUUGGCGAAAUUGGAAAGCCGUUUCAAGGUGUUGUCCAGACGGGAGAAAGAGCUGGGACGACUUUUGAAUAAAUGAACAGUUCCCAUUCACUGACAGCUAAAUAAACACUCGAGAGACGUGUAUAGCCUUGCCACAAACUAUCAGAAUAAUAACAUUUAGUAAAAUAUGGUAUCAUCACCUUCGCUGAUGUUAUUGAUAAUGAAUCUGACACAAUGCAUAAUGAGAUACAGCUUUGCAUCUAGGCCGUUAAUUUGUAAGUUCUUGACCACCAUUAACAAUGACGGGUUUGUUAUAACGAAAAAAGAAAUUAAUUAAUUUGACUGCACGUAUAAGGCCCACGUAUUCAACACCUUCACUAAAAUGUAAAGCUUUGAUAACAUCAAAAUAUAUGUACCAUCCAUCCAACUUGGAAACAUUAAAUGCACAAUAGACAUGAUACCUUUCCUACGUACGUAGAACCGUUAUGCAUUUUAAAAUCUAGGAAUCCAUUUAAAGAUUUUCAUUACCAAAUUAUAGAAGAAGACAAAACUCAACGAGAACAAACUUUGCUGGCGGGAGGGGGGUUAAUUGGAUGGAGAUAGUCUAUGUAUGUAAUAGACCCUUGGAAGCAAGGGUCUAUCAUUAUCUGAGCCGAGUUGCUGAUAAAUAAAUGUAAGACAACCGCCUCUUCACGAUGACCUGUAGAUUUUGACCGUCGGCAGACGCUUUCUAUUGUGUCUGGUCAUGGAUAUCUAUAAAUAAAACAUAGACACGUUAUGAUAUUAUUAUUAGUAUUUAUUUAGCCAUUCUUACAACAUAAAGAAAGUCAAGGAACAGCAAAAA